GCUCACAGAACUCUUGCAGAGCCGGUUGGAGAAGUUCUAUGGACUUUGCCCAAAGAUCCUCAUAUCACAUGGUAGCGAUAGUGCUUUGGCGGGCUUCGACAAGAAUGAAGCCAUUUCGAAGUUGAGUCCCGCAUCACUAGCAAUGUCAAAGCUGUUUGAGUCGUCAGCGCCACCAACCAAGACAUCCUUGGCAGACUAUGAGAAAAAGCUGACUUCAAACGAGCAAAGUGUGAAGAAGGUACUCACUCAAUUGGAGAGGCUUGCUGAACUUCAACGAAAGAGAAAGACUUCUAACAUCGAGGCACUUGGUGCUGCCAGACAGAAGGGCAUGGAGGCUGCAGAGAAGGAAGCAGGCAACGAUCGUGAUUCUGAGUCAGACUUGCCAGACGAUGACCAUGACUCACCAUCUGGACCUGCUGAGGAUCCUCCAGGCCCAAAACAGGCAGAGGCAACUCCUCAUGAGAAUUCUUCAGUCCAAGAACAAGACCAAGACUCACAGGCGCCCAAGCUCUAUCUUUUGGCGGAUGCGAAGAAGCUUCUCAUUCCACACACUUGUCAAGGAUGGAGCUUCCUCAAUUCUAAGAAGUCCACACACCUGCGUUUUGAGCCCAAUGAUUUGGCCAUCAACACAGAGACACUGGACGCAUUUCUGACUGGAGCAUCAGAUUUGGUCGCUGAUGCCUGCAAGACACAACGUCUGACAACCUAUUUGAAGGAGACGGCUUAUCCACAGGGACUGAGGGUAUGUGCUGCAGACUUGGUGCAGGGAUUGAACAUGUUGAACGCGAAGCUGAACUUCACAGAAAGUGACAGAAACUUGGUGGACAAGAUCGCUACUCCACGCCUUGUGGUUGCAAAUGACAACUGGACGUGGUUUGGUUUUGCUGAGAUGAUGUGGAGCAAACUGAUUGCUGUCAUCAAGGGCUCACUGUUUGUUGCGACCAUCCCCAUUCAUGCCUUCAAGGAUGACAUUGACCGGGGAUGCAAUUUGCAAACACUUGCGGACAAGCUGUGCUCCAUGACCCUUGAUGAGCUGGAAGCUGCAAUGGUGAUCCCUCCUGGGCGAUUGCUCUAUCAAGCGUGUAGAGGCUUGCUACCAGAUGACUUCAACCCGCCAAUGGAUCAGGAAUCAAAGGUACAGACGGGCAUUUGCGUGCAGCACAUGUUCGUUGAUGAUCUUGACAGCCUGAGCAAGGCCUUGAAGCUUGGAGUCAAAGUGCUAAAGGCCCAGUCAUCUAGCUAUGAUGCAAAGCGUGACCGGAUUGAGCAAAGCCUGAAGUGGGUGGAUCAAUGUGUUCACAACAUGGUGAAGGAAGAGGUCGACGCUGAUACCACCGCAGAUCAUCGCAUUGGUGUAGAGAGGAGGAAGCUCGACUUCAACAACCCACCUGUGGCAGAUGACCUUGACGAAUGGUUUGCAAAUGAGGAUGUGGAAGAUCUUGAUUUUGAGCUUGACCGUUGCAGAAAGCAUUCCUUGUUCAACAAGUACUUGGAACCAGAAGAAUUUCAAGAUCUGAUUCAAGAAGGAUGGGAAUUUGGGGAUGCGGAGAGCUCUGAUCCAUUGGAGGAUCUCAGAGGAUUUCUGAUCUUUCAGAAGAAGCACUCACAGCGCUUGCUUGCCAAGGCACACGGCCUCAAUCAUCCUUUUGUGCAACCGCCUCUUGAAUCAACAUCCUCCUCCUCACAUGAUGUUUCUGCUACCAAUGCCGGCGCUGCUUGUGCAUCAUUGCCUGAGGAGCCCGUUCAGUCAGAGUUUGAGAAGGCCUUGAUUGAAUCAGUAGCUGCAUUAACAUCAACACCAUCACCAUGCCGUGCGCCUGGCCCGAUUCUUGCAAUUGAAUGGAGGGCCCCGGCCGAGCAGGUGUUGCCAUCACCACCUGAAUUGCCUGCGCCACCACGUGCAGGAAAUGGUGGAGGUGAACUCAAGGCAUCCGCUCAAUCCGCUCCGCAUGAUACUGCCAUGAUGGAGCUACCACAGAGCGGCCCACAGGAGACAACCCAUGCUGGUGUGGAGGCUGUGGAGGUGGCUACACCUCUGGGAUCAUCUGAGCAGAAUGGUGGUGAUGCCAAAGUCAGCAAGACCGUGCAGUCGCCGGGGCAGACUUCCAUGGCGGGGAUAGCACACAGCGGCAGUCACGAGAUAAUCCCUGCUGAUGAGGCUACUGCGGAGUCCACGGGUAAGCAGUUUUGGGAUUACAGCCAUCGCCCCAGAAGCAUUGAUGAUUUACGCAGGUUCUGCAAGAAAUCACAUACCAGCAGCUUCGCUGAUGAGAGACUCAGAGCUAUUCAACACCCGCUUUUUGCGAAGUUCCUGGCAUCCAAAUCAAUGUCCCUUCAGCAAGGUCUCAACGGGUGGGCUGCGGGAAACACUGAGAAAGAACAGCUGCAAGACCUACGCAGUUUCUUGGUGUGGUUGUUUGACACACAGAAGGACCAAGCCCUCAGCAGCACCCUCAAUCAUGGUUGCGGUGCAGGCUAUGAUGCUGAUACAAACCUUGAUGAGAUGAGUGCAGCCCUUUCUGAACGUGCAGAGAUGGACGCACGAUAUGCAUCAUCAAUGGCAUCCACAUCACAUGCAGAUAUGGACCUCACAGCCGACUUGAAAAGCCAGACCAUGCAAAAAGGCCCAGGUCAGAUUUCUCCAGGAGCUGACGGAUCUGACCGUGAGGCUGUGAAGAAACACAUUGAUGCAGCCACCGAGAAGAUGUUGAAGUCGCAGGCCUUGCGCUCUACGCCAGCUAAGAGGGUGACCACAAAGCGCGGCCAGACCUCCUUGGAGACUGCCUUCCAUAUUCAGGAGAUGAUUUCCGGGUUAUGGGUUUACAUGUGCAUUCGUUGA